UGUGAAAAUAUAAAUAAGUUUAUUUUAUUGUAUGUCAUUUCUUUCUUGUCGACAAGGGUAAUUCCGCAUCAGUCGCCAACAUGGGAUCUAUCAAAGCCGACUAUUCAAUACUUUACGUUUCUGAAUAAACUAUUCAAUUAGGGUAUUCUUUUGACUUAUUUUAAAUAAAAUCUAAAUUACCAAACUUAAUAUUUUUUUAAAUAAAUUCUUUACUACAUAUACAUCCAUCAAUAGCAAGUCCUCGUGUUAGCCAAAAAUUUUUGAAAAACAAACAACCAAACAUGCUCUGUAUUACCCCAUCUCGUCUCCUUCCAUGGCGAUCUCUAUUCUUCUUAUUAUUAGUAAUCUCACGGCUUCUCUCUUCUUCUCAUGGUGAUGUCGGCACUGCUGCCCAGUAUAGCCCUCCUUAUUUACCCACCACCUGCUACGGCAACGAUCCAUCGCAGUUUCCUUCCAAUAAUUUGUUCGCGGCGGCCGGCGAUGGAAUAUGGGACAAUGGAGCAUCCUGUGGGAGAGAGUACUUGGUCAGGUGCAUUAGUGCCUCGGUUGCUGGUUCUUGCAAACCUGGUCAAACCAUUCAAGUAAAGAUCGUUGAUUAUGCUCUUUCAACGCCUACUCCACCGUCGGCUCGGGGCACGACCAUUGUCUUGUCGGAAACUGCCUUUGGGAGUAUCGCCAAUUCAUCGGCUACUUCCAUCAAUAUAGAAUUUCAACAAGUAUGACAGAGAGAGAGAGAGAGAGAGAGAGAGAGUGGGAGGAAAGAAGAUGAACGAGGCGGGGGGAAGGGAAGGGAUGGGGAUGGGAGGAGAAAGAGUUAAUCUGCGGGUGAAGUUGACAAGUCAAAAUUUGUUUCUAGAUAGGUUACUGAAAUUUGUAAUAAAGUAAAAUAUUUUAUUUGUGAUAGAUAAUAAUUAUUAAUUAAUUAAUAAAAUUGAGGAGGAAGAGAAUAUUUCAAAGGCAGAUCAUGGUUUGAUGAGAAAGCUCAAGUUGGAUAUAGAUGGUUUUCGAAGCUUCUGAAUUGUGAUACUCAAUCCAAUAGGCCUAAUUUUAUUGUUUUUCUACCAUUAUUUUAUUUUAUAUUGUUAAUUUAUGCUGGAAUUAAAAGUUAUGCAAGAAAAUUUUCGUAU